CUGACAAGGAGAACUCACCUGUUAUGGAGUCUCUUGUUUCCAUACCAGCUCAAGACACAAAGAGAAAUGCCUUUCAGCCAUCUGGUGUGAGACGAAAACUGUUGAGUUCUACUGACUCUUUGGAGCAGGUGAUGAAAGAGAAUAAAAAAAAGGGUUCAGAAAUCAAAGAGCUAAACAAGAGUUCAUUUGUCCGAAAUUGGAUUGAGCAACAGGAUCAAAGGAUUUCUGUGGGGAGCGACAGCAGUGGUGAUGAGUUAAACAACUUUUUGGAGCGUGUGAAGACAAGACGAGCUGAAGAGAAACGACUUAUGGAGGCGAAGGAAAGGGAUCAAAGGAAGAACCUUAAGACGUUUCUAGUCUCUGACUCCAGUGAUGACAGUGACCAGGAUGCUGGAAGUCAUGAUGAGGGUUUCCAUCUUCGGUUCCUUCCUCGAGAUGACUCCUUUACUCCCAGUCUUAUCAGGACAUUUGAGAAGAAGUCAGCAACAGAUGUAAUACAAAGGUCUAAAGAAGUGGAGAUAUCUGAUGAUGAUGGGGAAGAAAAUGCAAGUUUUGAGUCCCUUCCUACCCCUCCCUCUACUCCCAUCCAUCAAGGAGCAGGAGGAGGUAGGGGAAGGGGUAAAAAGGGCUUCCAAAUCCCAAGCUCAGCACCUGCAAAAGUCACAAAGGAGCGUUACCAUGCCACUCACAUCACCUGCAAGGAUGCUGCUGCAUCUUUUCUUUACUCCCUAUCACAGAACCCCAAAGAUGGACCAAUUCACCCUGAAGCCGCUUAUUACAUUUCCCGCUUCAAGACAUGCAAGCUGGAGCUGGCCAACCAUCUAUAUCAGCUCUUCAAUAAAUAUGUCUUUGAUGAAACUCUUCCCUCUACCAUGGAUAUCAAGUUCAAUAAUCGCAUGCGAAAGACAGCUGGAUUCUGUUAUUAUCGAUAUAAUCGGAAGACCCAAGAGCGAUCAGCCAGAAUUGAACUGUCUGGCAAGGUGAUUGAUGAUGGUAGGCGUCUGCGUGAUACAAUGAUCCAUGAAUUGUGCCAUGCUGCAGCAUGGCUUGUCACUGGUUGUAAGGGGGGUCAUGGACCUGUCUGGAAGUCAUGGACUCAGAAAGCAUUGAAGGCCUUUCCAAAUCUCCCACCCAUCACUCGUUGUCACUAUUAUGAGAUAAAUUGCCGGUAUCAGUACGUGUGUACUGGAUGUGGAUACAAAAUUGGCCGUCACUCCAAGUCCCUGGACAUAAAUCGCAAAGUGUGUGGGGUCUGCAUGGCCAAAUUUGAAUUACAUAUUGUCAAGGUUGGACACGAGGGAGAAAAGCAUAUGAAGCCCGUUGAGGACUUGCAGACCCCAAAGCCAUUGAAUAAGUUUGCCCAAUUUGUGAAGGAGAACUAUGGAAGUGUGAAAAACCAAAAUUCAGGGCUCAAGCAUUGUGAUGUCAUGAAAGUCCUCAGCACCCAAUUUGCAGAGCUCAAGGUCACUGGAAAGACAGAAUGAGUGUG